AAUGCAUACAGCUACAUGGAUCUCAGGAAAUUGGUUUUUUAACGAUGUUGGAGUACUUGAUUUUCUUGCCAGUGAGGUCCGCCAGAGAAGUUGAUAGAACUUGACACCAUCGCAAACCCUUCCGAUUUCACCGAAUUUAGUCUUGAAAAAGUUGAAGAAUGACUUCAGUUGUCGUUUUUGGAGCUUCGGGAGAUCUAGCCAAGAAGAAAAUAUACCCAAGUUUAUGGGAGCUUUUCCACGGAAAUUUGCUUCCACCGAAGACAAAAUUCAUAGGCUAUGCAAGAUCGGAUUUGACAGUUGCUCAAUUACGAUCGAGAGUAGAACCUUAUAUAAAAGUCAAAGAAGAAGACAAAAAAACUGUGGAGGAAUUUUUCUCCCUAUGUUACUAUGUCAAAGGAUCUUAUGAUAAGAAGAAGGAUUUUGAAAAUCUUGGAAAAGAGCUGGACAAAUUGAACUGUACCAGUGGAAAUCGCAUAUUCUAUUUGGCAUUGCCUCCAUCCGUCUUUAAAGAAACAACUACUCUUAUCAAGGCAUCUUGCAUGUCUAAAAAAGGGUGGACUCGUGUUGUAGUCGAGAAGCCCUUUGGAAAGGAUUUUGAGAGCUCAGCCCAGCUGUCCAAUCAUAUUGCAAGUGUUUUUUCGGAGGAACAAGUCUAUCGAAUCGAUCAUUAUCUUGGAAAGGAAAUGGUACAGAAUCUCAUGGUACUUAGGUUUGGUAACAUGAUUUUCAGUCCCAUUUGGAAUCGUAACCACAUAGAAAAUGUUACUAUACAAUUUAAAGAAAACAUUGGCACAGGGGGCCGAGGUGGAUAUUAUGAUGAGUUUGGGGUUUUAAGGGACAUUCUUCAGAAUCACAUGAUUCAAACUCUUUGUCUGAUUGCAAUGGAAAAGCCUUGUUCAAAAAGUGCAGAAGAUCUCAGGAAUGAAAAGGUUAAAGUUCUACGUGCAAUGCCACCAAUCACGUUCGAGAAUGUCGUCUUGGGUCAAUAUGUUGGUAAUCCUAAAGGCCAAGGAGACGCCAAAACGGGAUACCAGGAUGACCCUACAGUCCCUAAGGGCUCCGUCACUCCAACAUUUGCUGCUUGUAUAGCUUAUAUAAACAACGAGCGUUGGGAGGGCGUCCCUUUUAUACUAAAAUGUGGAAAAGCUUUAAACGAGAAGAAAGCUGAGAUUCGCGUCCAGUUUAAGGAUGUUCCGGGCGAUAUUUUUGGUGGGAAAUGCAGCAGAAAUGAACUUGUUAUAAGGUUACAACCAAAGGAGGCAAUUUACAUGAAGAUGAUGGUGAAAGAGGCGGGAAUGUCUUUUGAACCCAUCAUAAGUGAAAUGGAUUUGACCUACCACUCAAGAUAUAAGGAAGCAAAGUUACCGGAUGCUUAUGAAAGAUUAAUCUUGGACGUCUUUUCUGGCAGUCAAUCUCAUUUUGUGCGAAGUGACGAGCUUUCUGAAGCCUGGAGAAUCGUCACCCCGCUGCUUCAUAAGAUUGAGUCUGAGAAAAUAAAACCAACUCCUUAUGAAUUUGGAACUCGAGGUCCCGAGGAAGCAGAUAAACUGGUAAAACAGGUUGGCUUUCAAUACACAGGUCAAUAUACCUGGAAGGAGGCACAGUAAAGGAUAUGUAUGUAGGACUGGUCAGCGGUAAAUAUGAUUAUAAAAGUGUGACAAAUGAAUAAUGAAGCUUUCAAUGAGAAACAUUCCACUGGUUUGAUAAUAACUGCCACUGACUUAUUGUGAAUUUAUGACCAAAUUUUACGUAGAUUUUUUGGCAAAUAUGAAUGAAUUUCCUCUUACAAUAAAUAUGCACUAGUUAGAAAUGGAA